AUGGCUGACGGACUCAACCAAGCUCGCGCCCUCCGAGUGGCAGAGCUCAUCAACGACUACCGGACUCUUCUCAUGCACAUCUCCCAACAGAAUGUCCAAGCCCCGGCAGAUGAGUUCAACGAAGAGGGGUAUAAAGUGAUCCGAGACGGUCUGGCUGCUGCGCAGGCUUUGAUGUCAUCCAACUACAACCCUUGCGCGACGCCAGCCCAUGCCGGCAACGUCGAAGUCGAGAAGGCGGAAUUGCGGAGGGUCAUCCUUGACGCUAGCGCCAGACGAUUCCAGGCGCAUCGCAUCUACUUGAAGGUCGCGGCCGCCAGACGAUGGGUCAUCAACCGCCAAAACAUUCUGCGUGGACAGCGGCCGGGACCGCAGCACGCGGCUCAGUUGAAGAACGCCAGCAACACGUUCCAUGCGGAACUGGCUCAAGUGACCGAACAGCACGUGGUGGCUGAUCUGCGGGCAGCCGACACGCGGGCAGGUCAUUGGCUCAACGACGACCCUUCUCUGCCUACAAUCCUUCAAUGGAUUCGGUCUCACCCGUGA